GGCAGUACAAGGGCGGGUCGGGGUGUUUGUGGCUGCUGGGUUCCUGAAUACUGUCGUUCGUGAUACCGCAGUGCGGCCAUGGCAGAACUGCAGUCGGCGUCCGGCGGCCUUACUGACGAGGCCGCCCUCAGUUGCUGCUCCGAAGCGGACCCCAGCACCAAGGAUUUUCUAUUGCAGCAGACUAUGAUACGAAUUAAGGAUCCUAAGAAGUCAUUGGAUUUUUAUACUAGAGUUCUUGGAAUGACGCUACUCCAAAAAUUCGAUUUUCUUUCUAUGAGAUUUUCACUCUAUUUCUUGGCUUAUGAGGAUAAAAACGACAUCCCUGAAGAUAAGGAUGAAAAAAUAGCAUGGGUAUUCUCCAGAAAAGCUACACUUGAGCUGACACACAAUUGGGGCACUGAAGAUGAUGAGACCCAGAGUUACCACAAUGGCAAUUCAGACCCUCGAGGAUUUGGUCACAUUGGAAUUGCUGUUCCUGAUGUACAUGGUGCUUGUAAAAGAUUUGAAGAACUAGGAGUCAAAUUUGUGAAGAAACCUGAUGAUGGUAAAAUGAAAGGCCUGGCAUUUAUUCAAGAUCCUGAUGGCUACUGGAUUGAAAUUUUGAAUCCUAACAAUAUGGCAAAUGUUAUUUAGUUAUAUGAGAAUGCUCCUUUGAAAUUUCAGUGAAGACAGAGAUAAAAAAAAGGAAACAAUGUGAUUCAAGAUAUUCAGAUACCAGAAGCAUCUAGGAUUGAUGGAUCAUUGUCCUAAUUCAAAUUAUUCUUAAAUCCAUUUCCUUUUCCUAUUUCAGCUGUUUUUUUUUUUCUUUUUUUGUUUUUCAGCUAACUCUUCAGUCAUUCUAUUUUUUAAACAGUGCUUUAUCUUAUGUCCUUGAAUGUAGUUGUAUAACUUUACUUUUUAGGUAAUAAUUAGAACAGCUCCCUUCAGAGGCUGCAUUUGCCUUCUGCUGUCUCCUAAAUAUUACUUCUUUUCAAGUCUGCCUUUGAAUCAUAAUUUUCAAAGAAAACAUUUAACUUUUUUGUUGUGGUUAUCUUCUGGGGUUUCAAUUCCUCAGAAAUAACUUUUCACAAUGGAAAGUAAAGAACACUGAACAAAAAUGAAACAUCAAGUUUACUUCAAACAGUAUAAAGUGUUUGUUUUACAAAAGAGAAGUUACUCUUGAGAGCAAUUCAGAAUCAUGCUGACAAGGAUACUGGGAGACAAACUAAUUUUUUUUUAUUUAUAAAGUAUUUUAAAAGUUCAAGGACUAACCCUAUUUAUUUGGGAAUGGGGAGGAGAAAGGGAAUAAUAUUUAGUGGGUACCCAGACAGUGGACUAGGCUGUAACAUACUUUAUCUCAUUUAAACUCCCAAGUAUCAUGUGAAAAAGAAGGACAUGUAAAAUAACUUUAAUGAAUUGAAGGCAAUAUAAAUAGGCUCAAACACUAAAGAUCUCUUCAUCAUUUUUAGUAUUUAGAUUGUGCCUCAAAACUAGUAUCUUGCAGUAUGUCCUCCACUAGUCUUCUGUGCUAAAAACUAUAGGUGAGUUUGAGCAUUGUGCUCUCAGCUCUCAGGCCUGAGAAAACACAGUGAGGGCAGUAGCAGUAGAAGAAAUCUAUAGCUCAAAACCACUCUACGGACGCCUGGUUAUUCCUGCCUAAGUAAUGCUUAUAUUACUCGUGAAGAGUCCUUCCUACACCAGGGUCUUCAUGAUGCUAGUAAUCAUUUAUGAUAAACUAUGUUCAGUGAUAACUUAGUGAUUAGAAAUCAAUUCAGUGGUCUUCCCUGCCGUGAUUGACAUUUGAUGGGUUUUGAAAAGUCAAAGUGAUUUUGAAAAUCUCCUAUGGCCUGGAAAAUAAAACACCCAAUCUGUGGUUGAACUUCAUUUAGAUUUUCUGUAGACUCUAGUAGGAAGGCCUUUGGAUAGGUCAUGCCAACUGAGCUUGCCCUGCUAGAGCCACUUUACAUUUCCUUUUUGGAUGAAAUGGAUUUAUGUGAGCAGUUUAAACAAAUAGCAGUACUUACAGAUGGAAAUAAAAUUUUAAAUAAGACUGUUUAAUUUUAAAA